AGCAUGAGCCUUCUCCUAGCCUUGGAGCUGCUGCUGCUCCUGCUCGCCUUGCCACGCCUUACUUGUGCCUCAAAUUCCACGCAUCCGUCACUGUAUCGGCAAGCCAAGGCACUUCUCCAGUGGAAAUCAAGCCUAAAGGGAUGGAGCUCUGAGCUGGACUCAUGGACAAAGGGAACCAACCCCUGUGACUGGACGGGGGUAGGCUGCAGCAACGCCGUGCUGCCCCGUGGUGAUGCUGUCCUAGUUGUGGACAACAUUUCACUUCCGUCCUGUCACAUUCAAGGCAGGUUGGACAAUCUCCACUUUGCACACUUGCCAUAUUUUGUCUAUCUAGACCUUAAUUUCAAUUUUCUCAUGGGACCAAUCCCGUCAAGCAUUGGCGUUCUGCCCGAGCUCGCUUACUUGAAUCUGUCCUCCAAUGGCCUGAACGGGUCUAUUCCAACUUCCCUAGGUAAUUGCAUUAAACUAAUCUAUGUUGAUCUCUCCUGGAGUACUACAGUGUUUUCUACCAUGCCUAGUAGUGUGAAUUUGAUGAGACUUCACUAUGUAGACUUGCCUCAUCUUGUUUAUCUGGACCUCCGUAAGAACUCGCUCCUGGGCCUAAUCCCAUCAAGCAUUGGAGCUCUUGUCAAGCUCGUGUUCUUAAAUCUAUCCUACAAUUUUCUCAAUGGAGUUGUUCCACCAUCCAUAGGCGGCGAUCCGGAUUGCAAAUAAACACCCACUAUAAUCAUAUAGGGAAAAGAAAACAUCGAAAACUAUACAUGCAUACCUCUGAAUACAUCGCAGGAGAAAAUAACAGAUCAUUUUGGUUUGUGUGAACACUAAGGCCACCGCCGGCGAGGGUGUGAAGAAGGAUAAGCGGCAACACAAAUAUGAUGCGUCGCUAAAAUAAAAGAGAUGGACUUAUUGUGGUCUUGAGUGAUGGUUGUUCGGUUAAAAGUGUGUGUUGUGUUUUUUCUCCCGUUGCAACGCACGGGCUCUUUUACUAUAAUAAUAAAUAAAAUUGGGUUUCUGGCCGCCCGUCGUCGCUAGCGAUUUUGCAUAAAAGUCCCUCGGUUUAUAAGAAAUUAACCCGCAGUCCUAUUGUAAGUGUUUUCUGGAGAUAACGUUUCGUUUUUGCAAACAAAACCCUGCAUUAGUUACAAUUCUA